GACGCCUGUUUUGUUUCCAUGGAGCCAAAGGAAGCUAAACGGCGACGAACUUAAACCGACCACCAGUGGAAAUAUUAGCAGUAACACUUCAGAAACAGCCUUUCCUUCUGUGUGUUGGACUAAAUAUGUAGUCGGACGUCUGUCUGAUGGGUUAAGUGUUCGUAAAAGUCUCGGAUUAUCUCGGGAUGAGCCGGUGCUUUUCGGAGGUGAUGUCAGAAACACGGGGCGCCGGUGGGUCCGAGGCUCUGUUUUCCUUUGAGCUGAUUGUGGAUUUCGUUCAGAUGGAUAAAGGUGGAGGAAAUGAGCUGGCAGUUGCGGUCCGUCUGCUGGAUUUCCCGACGCUGCUUAUUCACCAGCCCGAACGGACCAGACCUGGUUCUAGCCGAGAGGAACGGGACAGACCGGGCCAGUUCAUCUUCAACAGAGGGAAGUGCUGCUUCUUCAGGAUGCACCCAGACUCUCUGAACGCUCAGCUCUCAAACGCACCCCUCCACGCCAUGGUGCUGGAUGUAAAGGAGGAUGUGCCCCGGCUGGUUGGGACGUCCCUCAUUUCCCUGGCGGAGGUGAUGGACAGACUGAGGCAGGACCUGGUCCACCGAGGUGCGUCCACAGCCUCUGCUCAUGGGCGGAGGGGGCUGGUGGGGGUACGAAGCCUCACAGGGGUCCAGGUUGGCUUCAUGUCCCUGAGCUACAAACUGUUGAGUCUAGGAGGGAGUUUACUGUCACAUGGAACAGAUGGAAGAACAAAAGCAUAUGAAGAACAAUGUGUAGAGGAGGAGAAAACACCCAAAGAGUCACCUGAUGGAUGUGGAAACACGACUGAAGUGACCGCACGCACCAAAGAAGAAGAGAAAAAAACGGUCCAAGUAUCUGAGGACUGUCAGGAUGAGGACCUGUCUGUGUUUUGUCCACCUCAUCUGUAUUACAAUAACUCUGCAGAAGAACGGAGAAGGAAUGAAGCAGAUUAUAAAGCUCUGAAACUAGACUCAGAGGUUCUGACUUUUGAAGAUUCAGGAGAUGAGAUGGAGGACAGCAACAGACUCUCUGGAAUGGGACAGAAAUGGAGACAUGAUGCAGAAAGUUCCAGCAAAAAAAAACAUCAAGAAAUGAGUGAAGUGGCUCCCAGUGUCCUCAGAGACGCCUUACGACGGCUGCCGUUACUAAACGCUCUCCUGGUCGAGUUGUCUCAGCUGAACAUCCAGAACCCAGACCAGACAAGCACACCACGGAAGCGUGAAACGCCGCAGAAAACCAGAGGAGACGUGAGUCCUGAGCUGGAAGAUGUCCAUCAGCCCAGAUACAGUUCAACACCAAAGCCCAGGUCUGAGAGUCAGGGACUAAAACCAGCUCAGACUCACACCAAAACCUGCAGUAGAAGCCCACGGAGGACACUGGUUUAUGGGACAACGAAGACCUUUAAUCUGAGGCUGAAGCAGGUUUCUCCAGUUCUGAUGAGACGACGGGAGUGUGUGGAUUUAAUCCACAACAAAACAACAACAAAUGUCAAAAAAGAAAGAGUAAAGUCUGGUAAGAAGGCCACAAAGUCCAGCCAAAGAAAACUGAACCAAAGCUUGAAUCUGAAUGAAAAUAUAGAGACGAUGGUUCAGAGAAUGUCAGCAGAGUCUGGACCACAUGAAACCAUCACCAUAAAAUAUGCAGGUCCAUCUAAGAGGACAGACCCUGGACCAGACAGAAGGUCCUCAGAUAAACCCUCCCCAUCUGAAAGGACCUUGCCGUUUAUCUCCGUCCCCAGUGUGGACACUGAUGGCAUCGCCAAUGACAACGGGCAUCACAGCAAUUCACAUCAGUCCAGGUCUGAAUCUGAUGGGUUCAGGAGACCCGGUUCUGGAAGCAGCAGAACACGAAGCCCAGAGUCCUCGAUUUCAGCCUCCAGUCAAGGACACGAUGAUGGUGACGUUGAUGGUGAUGUUGGCGCUGACUACGCUGACGACUUCAACAGUCUGGAGCCCAGUGACACUGUGUCUCCAGACGCCGUCAGUAGUCCUGAAUCCUGGAGAGCCAAGACCCCCAGGCCUCCUCUGACCCGUCCAGACUCAGACUCUGAAGGCGUCCAGAGGAGACCAGCUCUCCCAGUGCCCAUCAAGGGUUCUCCACAGCGAGUUCUGAGGACUACGCAGACCAUCCGGACCCAGAACCAGGCCCUCAGCCUGUCCUCAGAGGAUGGAGACGGACACGCAUCGGUCUCUCCACAUUCAGGGAGACGGACGCAGAGCAGUCGAGAUGAACAGAGCUCUGGACCGUGGAGUUUCAGGUCCAGAAGUCGAAGGAGCGACUCAGUGGAACACAGCGGUCCAGGUGGACGGGGUUCUCCAGAGUCCGUGUCCUCCUUCGACGCUCAGGAGGCAGAAGAUGAACUGGGUUCUCUGGAUUUCAGAAAAGGUUACAGACACAUCUCUGAACUGGUGGCCAACAAACUGCCUGGUUACACCAUGUGACGAUGCAUGUGGACGAACCUGAACUGGACGGAACCGGUCGAUACCGAGACCAUAACUUCAAUACUGGUUCUGGACAAAGAUUAGAUUCAACUUCAACAGAGAAAGUCACAUGUUCCAGGGUAGAUCAUUAGUUUAUGUUUAGCUGCUCUACAUUUUAAACAAUGUAAUAAAGACACAUGUUGAAUAAAGCUGAUAAUUCAGAUAAAAUGACCAAUAAUUCAGGUUUAUCUUUACUGUUUAAACACUCAGUUUUAUUUUUCACCACAGUCUAGGUCAACUUUUUAGUUUCAGUAAAGAGGACACUUACAACAUAAAAAAAAAGUUUUCAACAUAAACUAGAUGCAUCAGUUAACAUGACGUCAUCAAUUUAAAUCUAUAAAACUUGUGUUUUCUCCUGUUUCACUGAUUAGACCAAAUCUGUAGGUUCAGAAGGUCAAUCCCAGAUGACCAAAUAUUUAGAAAUAUUUAAUAAUAUCUGAUUCCAGCUGGAGAAACACCACCUCAGUCCUAUUAAAUAAGUCUGAACAGGUUGAAAGUUUUCAGUGUUUUCAUGUCAUUUACUUCAUCUGUUCUGAAUAAACAAAACCUUUGAUGAUA